AUGGGUAAGGUGGUGCUUCUGGCUCUCCUCGCCCUUCUGCAAGAAGGGGGCGCAGCAAAUGUCAAGAACCUCCCUGAGAUAGUCCACCAUGAGACGGCAGGAGGAGACAGUGCAGUCACUGGGCAGAUCACACUGCACUGUCCGGCUCAGCCAGCUCCGUCCUGUCCGGCUCUGGAUCAUCUCCUGCUGUACCUGAAUACACAGCUCAGCCUGGAGGGACAGGUUGAACAGCUGAAGAACAGGACAGACAGCCUCGAUGGACAGCUGCAGCAGCUAGUUCAAAAAGAACUGACCGAAUUCCAGGCCGAAGCUGAUCUGAAGGCCAACGUUGAAGCUCUUCAGGCGACAGUCAGCAGCCAGGAGAGCAUCAUCCAGCAGCAGGCUGCAGCUUUACAUCAGCUGCAGGGAAAUCUGCAGCAACAAGAGACCACCAAUCAGGAACAAGCCACCACGAUCCAACAGCACGCCAGCAGCUUGCAGCAACUGAUCACAACUAUCCAGCAACUAGAGACCACCAAUCAGCAACAGGCCAACAGCUUGCAGCAACUAGAAGCCACCAAUCAGCAACAAGCCAACAGCUUGCAGCAACUAGAAGCCACCAAUCAGCAACAAGCAAGCAGCUUGCAGCAACUAGAGGCCACCAAUCAGCAACAAGCAAGCAGCUUGCAGCAACUAGAGGCCACCAAUCAGCAACAAGCCAGCUCGAUCCAACAGCACGCCAGCAGCUUGCAGCAACUGAACACAACUAUCCAGCAACAAGAGACCACAAAUCAGCAACAGGCCAGCAGCUUGCAGCAAUUAGAAACCACCAAUCAGCAACAGGCCAGCAGCUUACAGCAACUAGAGGCCACCAAUCAGCAACAAGCCAGCAGCUUGCAGCAACUAGAGACCACCAAUCAGCAACAGGCGAGCAGUUUGCAGCAACUAGAAGAAACUCUGCAGCAUCAUGCAGCGACCUUGCAGCAAUACGCCACAGACCUGCAGCAACUUCAAGGUAAAGAGUUAAGUCAAAACUGUUGUGAAAAUACAAAGUUGGAAUAUCAGUCUAUAGCAUAUAUCUAUUGA